AUUCAUAAGAAAAAAAUACAAAUAAAAAAAACAUCAAAUUUUCGCCCCUUUAAAAAAUUCUACUUCAUACAUUACAAAAUAACUAAAUUAUUAUUAAAAUAUUCAGACAAUGUUUCGGUCCACUGCAGGCUUUGAUAAACUUCUAGAUAAAGCUACGAGUCAUCUAUUGAUGGAACCAGAUUGGCCUUCCAUCCUGCAAAUUUGCGAUUUGAUAAGGCAAAACGAUAUACAGCCAAAAGUUGCUCUGGCUGCAGUUAAGAAGAAACUGGUCGCUCCCAAUCCUCAUUCUGCUUUGUACGCCUUGCUGUGUCUCGAGAGUAUGGUAAAAAAUUGUGGUGCUCUGAUUGUUCAAGAACUAACUUUAAAGCCCAACUGCGACUUCUUGCACGAACUGGCAAAAACCAGCCAACACGAAAACGUCAAACAAAAAUUGCUCGAGCUGAUUCAGACAUGGAAUUUUGCUUUUAGGAAGAAUCCGAAACACAGCAACUUGCAGGAUUUGAUGGCCGCAAUGAAAGCGGAAGGCCACAAGUUUCCAGUGCUACGAGAAAGCGACGCCAUGUUUGCCGCAGACACUGCUCCCGAUUGGCGCGACGGCGAUUCAUGCCACAGAUGCCGCGUACAAUUCACUUUGCUUCAAAGAAAACAUCAUUGCAGGGCUUGUGGUCAAGUUUUCUGCAGUCAAUGUACCACAAAAACAACAACCUUACCAAAAUUCGGCAUAGAAAAAGAAGUAAGAGUGUGCGACACUUGUUUCGAGAAGGCCACCAAGCCUGUAACUGCUCCAAAGUCGCCCAAACAAGAAUACGAACUGCCUCCCGAAUAUUUGAGCAGUUCUUUGGCCCAACAAAGUCAAGAGCCGCCUCGCAAAUCUGAAGAAGACCUAAAAGAAGAAGAGGAAUUGCAAUUGGCUCUGGCUCUUAGCCAAUCCGAGGCCGAGGCUAAGGAAAAAGAAAAACUUCGAGUCACCAAUGCGUUGCUUAACAAUUCAUUCAAAAAAGAACCAGAGCCUGUUGUGGCUCGCCGUAGUCCAUCUCCACAGCCUGAAGAACCACAAACUACAAACAAUCCAGAGCUCGAUCGUUACUUGAAUCGCUCUUAUUGGGAAUCUUUACAAAACAAUGAUUCCAAAGACAGGCCUACUAGUCCUUCAGCCCCCUCACCAGCUUCAUCAAUUAUAAGCAACAAUGAACCACUCAAAUUUAUUAAAGCCAAAGAAAACGGAGUUGGUGAUCAUGCUUUGGAAGAAUUCACUACAACUCUCAAAAGCCAAGUGGAAGUUUUCAUAAACCGCAUGAAAAGCAACUCUAGCAGAGGCAGAUCAAUCGCCAACGACAACAGCGUCCAAACUCUAUUCAUGAGCAUAACAAAUAUGCACUCAAAAUUGCUCAGAUACAUUCAGGAUCAUGAUGAUAGAAGAUUGCAUUAUGAAGGCUUGCAAGACAAACUAACUCAAGUGAAAGACGCCAGAGCUGCUUUGGACGCUUUACGCGAAGAGCAUCGCGAAAAGCUUAGACGCGAAGCCGAAGAAAUCGAACGCCAACGCCAACUGCAGAUGGCGCACAAACUUGACAUCAUGCGCAAGAAAAAGCAAGAAUACUUGCAGUACCAGCGUCAACUGGCCUUGCAGCGCAUCCAAGAGCAAGAGCGCGAAAUGCAAAUGCGCCAAGAGCAACAGAAACAGCAAUAUUUAAUGGGCGGAGCUCCGCAGUUUGCUGGCUACGUGCCACAAUAUCAACCGCCUAAUUCGGCUCCACCUGGCGGGUACUACGGGCAAUAUCAAAUGAUGGGGCCGCCUCCGAAUUCCGCUCCGCCGAAUAUGGCUCAAAUGGGUCCACAUCCUCAAGCUUUUCCGCAGCAAGCUGGGCAAUUUAAUCCUCCUCCUGGUGUUAUGGUGGUACCCAAUCCUGUGAUGGCACAACCAGGACCACAAGGUCCUCCUCAAAUGGGAUUUCCGCCACAGGUUGUUCAAAAUCAGCCGCCUCCUCAAAAGAGUGAUGAACAAGCACAAACUGGAGAAUUGAUAAGUUUUGAUUAGAAGAAAAUAUUUAAGCCCCCUUUAUAUUAUUAUUAUUAUUGUUGCGCUAUAUAGACGUUAAUUAAACAUGCA